AUGAUAUUUUAAGAUGAUCAUUAGAAUUAUUACAUCUCUGGAGUACUCUUCAUAACAAUUUCAGCAGUUAUUAUGCAAAUCAUUUUGAUGGUAAUCUUCAAUUUAAUUUUAGAGUUAUGAAUACAAAACAUAAGUUCCCAUGUUCUUUGCUCACAAAAUCUAUUGGGCCUUUAAUUGGCUAUUUUAACCAUCACUUUUGUAUUAAUCCUUUUCAAUGUAUUUUGUUGCUUGCUAUUAUAGAAUUAAUAUAGACUUGUAUACACUUUGUUUUUAUUUAGAGUUGCUGUAUAUGGACCUUGCAGAAUUUGAAACUUUAGGUUUUUGGAGGAACCAAUUACCAAUGAUUGAUCUAUCAGAAUCUCAGAGAUCCAGAAUAUCUACUGUCAGUAUUCUAAUAAUAUAAUUUAGAUUCGUAGAGCUCUUUUUUCUUAAAAAUAGUCUUGAAAAAAUAAUGGAAUAUUGUUGAUGGCGAUAUUGAAAUUAAAUUAGAUAUGUAAUUAUAUUUCUUAUUACUUUAAAGUAUUAUUGAUGGAGCAGAUAAGCAAUACAAACUAAAAAAAAAGAUUUCAGAAUCUUGCUACAUUAUUAGCAAUAUAUAUUAGAAAAUAAUGAAUAUUUUGAACAGCACUCCAAUGACUUGUUAUAAAUCAAUUUCCUCAUCAAAUAGAUAUAAGAGAAUUAGGAUUUACUCUUAAUUCAUUAUAUAUAAAGAUACUUUGAAUUUAUAACCAGCAAAUUAGAAUUGAUAACACCUUGUUUUGCUGACUUUAUCGAAUUAUAAUCUUCUGAGAAAUAACUAAUUGAAGAAAUGAAAUUAGCUACUCAUUCUCAAAAUUUACAUAAAUCAUAUAUAAUAGGAAGAAAGAAUCAACCAAAGAAAUGUAAAUGGGAUAUAUAAGCCUAAUAUUUGCCUUAUAAAGAUUUCAAAAUUACUGAAUUUCAAACUAUUAAAACUCUUUCUGAACCAUAUGUAUUGAUAGUAAAUUAAAUGCACAUUAACAUCGAGAAGAACAAUAAUACAAUAUACAAUGAUAACAUAAUUUGA